ACAUAUGUAUAUAUGAAGAAUUUUGUAAUUUCAAUUGUUUAUUCCAAUCGUGAAAAUUAAUUUUACAUAAAAAAAAAAAUAUUCUAAAAUAUGGCAGAUGAUAAGAAGCCCAUAUUCAGAAAUAUUGACGGGGAUGAUCCAGAUCUAGAAGCAACGGAUAUAGAAUCCGCAUGUAUGAAUUGCUUUCGCUCAGGGAGAACCCGUCUCCUACUCACUAAAAUACCUUUCUUUAAGGAGAUUGUACUCAUGUCUUUUAAAUGUGAAUAUUGCGGUUAUGAAAACAGUGAAAUUCAAUCAGCAUCAGAAAUACAGAAAAAAGGUGUGCGUAUUGAACUUAAUGUUAAAAAUGCUGAAGACUUAAACCGACGAGUAGUUCGCUCGGAUUACACAUCCGUAAGAAUUCCUGAAGUAGAACUGGAAAUACCUUCUCAAAGUCAAAAGGGUGAUAUAACUACCGUUGAGGGCAUACUUGACAGAACGAUUAGAGGUCUGACUCAAGAUCAAGAAAACAGAAAACAAAAACAUCCUGAAUCUGCAGCUGAAAUUGAUGCGUAUGUCAAAAAGUUAACCUCUUUAAAAGAGAAACAAAUGAACUUUACACUUGUCUUGGAAGACAUAAGUGGAAAUAGUUUUAUUGAGAAUCCUUUUGCGCCAUCAUCGGAUCCGGGUUGUAAGGUUCUACACUUCGAAAGAGAAAAAGGGCAAGAUCAAAUUCUUGGUAUUUAUUGUCCAACAGAUGUGUCAAGUGCAGAGGAAACCAAUGAUAGUGCGGAAAAUUCGAAAACUCAAAAGAAACAUCUACUGAAACCCAUUGCGGAAGACGCUUGGGGUAUUGAUGAUCUACAUGGCGAAGUUUUGCAGUUUCAAACAUUAUGUUCACAGUGUGGUUCGCCUUGCGAGACGAAUAUGAAACUAACAAAUAUUCCACAUUUUAAAGAAGUUGUUAUAAUGGCGACAGUAUGCGAAGUUUGUGGGUGUAAAACAAAUGAGGUAAAAUCUGGAGGUGGGAUUGAGGAAACAGGUAUUCGCUUUGAAGUCAAAGUUGAAAGCAAUGAAGAUCUUACUCGAGAUGUGCUAAAAUCUGAAACAUGUAGCCUUCGAAUUCCGGAAUUAGAUUGUGAAGUUGGUCCAUCUGCUCUUGGAGGUCGUUUCACCACUAUAGAAGGUAUUAUAGUAGCUAUGAGAGACCAACUUCAAGAUGAAAGUUUCUUUUUUCGCGAUUCUGCUGACGAAGAAAGUAAGAAACGUAUGGAAGCCGUUGUAAAUAAGUUCGAAAAAAUUUUGGCUUUGGAAUUGAAAGCAACUUUGGUUUUGGAUGAUCCCGCUGGAAAUAGUUAUGUACAAUCUAUGGCAGAAGAUGAUCAGCUAGACGAAAAAUUAGUCAUUGUAAAAUACGAACGCACAUUCGAUCAAAAUGAAGAACUUGGUCUUAACGAUAUCAAAACCGAAAACUAUCAGGAAUAACAGGAAACUAUUUUUUUAUUCUAUUUUUUAAACAAUAAAGCGUAUAUGUGGAAAAUAUAAAA